AUGGUUGCUAAUCCUCGCGCUGCCGGGAGGCAGGCGAAGCCUCCGAAGCAAAAUAAAGCCGAUAUUCGCCAGCAAAAGCGGAAACGUGAUCAGGAUGACCUGACCACGCUGGAGGCGGCCAUUCGCGAACUGGACCCCAAGAAUACCGAAAUCAAAAACUUUUCCGAACUCCCACUCUCCCGAGCCACCACCAAGGGCCUGUCCGCCGCCCACUUCCAGACCCUCACCGAUGUCCAGGCACACGCGAUCCCGCUGGCCCUGCAGGGCAAGGACAUACUCGGAGCAGCCAAGACGGGCAGCGGCAAGACUCUCGCGUUCCUAGUACCGCUGCUCGAGAAGCUGCACCGCGCCCAGUGGACCGAGUACGACGGGCUCGGCGCGCUAGUGCUUUCGCCGACGCGCGAGCUGGCGGUGCAGAUCUUUGAGGUGCUGCGCAAGAUUGGCGCCUACCACAGCUUCUCAGCUGGUCUGGUCAUCGGCGGCAAGAACCUCAAAGACGAGGCGGAGCGCCUGUCGCGCAUGAACAUCCUCAUCUGCACGCCAGGCCGCAUGCUGCAGCACCUCGACCAAACGGCCGGCCUCGACGUCAACAACCUGCAGCUCCUGGUGCUCGACGAGGCCGACCGCAUCAUGGAUAUGGGCUUCCGCGCGGCCGUCGACGCCCUGGUCGAGCACCUGCCCGCGCAGCGCCAGACGCUCAUGUUCAGCGCGACGCAGAGCAGGAAGGUCUCGGACCUCGCCCGCCUGAGCCUCACGGACCCCGAGUACGUAUCCGUGCACGAGGCCGCCGCCGAGGCCACCCCGACGAACCUGCAGCAGCACUACGUCGUCACGCCGCUGCACGAGAAGCUCGACACCCUGUACGGCUUCAUCAAGGCAUCGCUUAAGAGCAAGAUCAUCGUCUUCCUGAGCUCCGGCAAGCAGGUCCGCUUCGUCUACGAGAGCUUCCGACACCUCCAGCCCGGUAUCCCGCUGCUCCACCUGCACGGCCGCCAGAAGCAGGUCCAGCGACUCGAGAUUACGAAGCGAUUCGCCGAGGCCAAGCAGGCCUGUCUCUUUGCCACGGACGUUGUCGCCCGCGGCAUCGACUUCCCGGCUGUCGACUGGGUCAUUCAAGUCGACUGCCCCGAAGAUACCGACACUUACAUUCACAGGGUGGGCCGUACCGCCCGCUUCCAGAGCAACGGACGCGCCGUGCUCUUCCUGGAGACAAGUGAGGAGGACGGCAUGCUCAAGAAACUGGAGCAAAAGAAGAUUCCGAUCCAAAAAAUCAACAUUAAAGAAAAGAAGAAGCGCAGCGUCAAGAAUGACUUGCAGAACAUGUGUUUCCAGAACCCAGAUCUCAAGUAUCUCGGGCAAAAGUCUUUCAGCAGUUAUGUACGGUCUAUUCACCUACAAAGAGACAAAGACGUGUUCAACCUCAAGAAGCUGGAUCUGGACGCGUAUGCGGCUAGCUUAGGCCUUCCAGGUACACCGCAAAUCAAAUUUCAACAAGGUGUGGAUAUCAAAAAGGUCAAGAACGCUUCAAGACAAGAGAUGUCUAGCGAUUCGGAAUCUGAUAUGGACAUGGAUGGGCCGAAGAAGACGAAGAAGAAGAAUGAAGUGCGCACAAAAUACGACAAGAUGUUUGAGCGAACGAAUCAAGACGUUCUCUCUGCCCACUAUAGCAAGCUAGUCGUCGACGGCGACAAGGCCGCUGACGAUGACUCGGACGACGAGUUCCUAUCAGUCAAGCGCCGCCUCAACGACGACGACCUGGACGCGGAGUCCCGAAAAGCAAACCCGAACGCGCCCAAGGUCAUAUACGGCCUCGGCGGCGAGGAGCCGUACGUGAUCGACUCGAAGCGCCGCGAAAAGGCGCUGCAGUCGAAGAAAAAGAUGCUCAAGUUCAUGGGCAACGCGUCCAAGCUCGUCUUCGACGACGAGGGCAACUCACACGAGAUCUACGAGCUGCAGCGCGAGGCCGACUUCAAGGAGGCGGGCGACGCCGACGCCCAGCGCGCCCAGUUCCUCGAGGGCGAGACGGCGCGCGUACGCGCCGCCGACGUCGACGAUAAGGCGCUGGCCAAGCAGAAGAAGCGCGAGAAGAAGGAGAAGCGCAAGGCGCUGGAGCGCGCGGAGCGCUACGGCGGCGACGGGGAUGGAGACGGGGAGGACGACGAGGCGCCGCAGUUGGUUGGCGGCGAGGACAGCAACGAAGCGCUCGAGUUCCUGCGGUCGCUGCCGCUUACGGGCGAGGAGGAUGGCAGUGGAGAGGAGGAGCCGCCGAAGAAGAGGGCGAAGAAGUGGUUCGAGGACGACGAGGACGAUGGCAGGGCGGCGAAGAAAAGCAAGAGCAAGAGCAAAAAGGGCGGCAAGGUGUUCGAGGUGGACGAGGAGCCCGAGACGUUGGAGGAUCUCGAGAGGCUCGCCACUGGACUCCUGGACGGAUAA